AUGAAGACCCCGCCGCUGGACAUCAUUGCGAGCUGGCCGGUCCCCAACUAUGUCAAUCCCGAGACCAGGGGACCUGCAGCUGCCAUUGUCGCCAUUACCUUGCUCAUCGUCGUCACAUUCCUCGUCGCCAUCCGCGUCUACACUCGCAAGGUUAUCACAAAGGGAUUCGGCUGGGACGACAUCCUGAUUCUCUUUGCUUACGUCGCCACAGCAGCCUUUACCGCGAUCGGCCUCGUCGCAUCGGCACACUAUGGCUGGGGUACCCAUGUGUGGGAUGUGCGGCCCAGGUUGUUCCCUGGGAGCUUGAAGCUCGCUCUAUCCAGCUUUGUCAUGUUCGACCUCGCCACGAGCUUCACCAAGUUGUCCAUGCUGGCUCUGAUCUAUCGACUCGCCUGUCAAACGUCAAAGACAGUUCGCUUCAUCGUCAUUGUCUCAAUGGUUCUCAUCAGCGCCAGCGGUCUCUCUUUUCUCCUCGUAAGCCUCCUGCAAUGUCGAUUGUCACUCGAACCCGUCAACUGCACCGUCGACGAGGCGACACACCUCCUUGCUGGCGGUAUCAUCAACACCUCGACCAACUUGCUAGUCGUCAUCCUCCCUUUGGCCAUAGUCCGCCGCCUCCGUCAAGAGGGCAAGCUCUGCCCUCGCCAGGUGACCAUCGUCUCGAUCCUGUUCGCCGCCGGGUUCGUGGCCUGCGCCGCUAGCGCCGCCCGCGUCUACUUCACCCACCUCAUGACGAGCAGCCGCGACCGCGAUCUCUCCUGGCACGCCUGGCUGACCUGGCUCAUGUCGUCCAUCGAGCUCUUAGUCGGCAUAAUGGCCGCCAGCGUGCCGGCCACCAAGCCCUUCUUCGCUCGCUACCUGCCUCAGCUCAUCAGCACGGCCUCGGCGUCUCGCGCCCGCUCUGGCGGCAAGCCGUCCAUCAAGUCGCACCGCGAGGAAAAAGACCGCCCCAAGCGCGACUCCCUCUCGACGAUCCAUGAGCUUGAAGAGGAAGUCGUCUUCAACCGGCCCGUCCGCACCCCCGACUUUUCCGAGCCCCAGCACCUCGCCUUCUACGAUGUCAACAAGCCGCUGCCACAUAUUAAGGAGUCCGUCUACUCCAUCCCCAUCGACUUUGACUUUGAGAACACAGAAAGCACCCGGGCUCGGCCCUCGUACGAACGGACGAGCAGUCGGGGCAGCGACACCGCGACACGAAACCUGACCGAGGAGCGGUCCUUCGUGUAA